UAUUUUCCGGUACAGAUUGCGGUCACUCCCCACACAAUUGGUUAUCGAAAGCCAGAUGUUUGAUGAGUCCAAUAUUUCGGAAUUGGUGUUUUCAUAAAAACUAGACAAUGGGCAUGGGUGGUGAUGAAGUUGGCUCAAUUGAGAAACUGGAAAGACACUUGGCACUGCUAAAAGUGGAAUACACAAAAUUGCAGCGCAAUUAUGUGGAAUUAGAAAGGAAAUACAAUGAAAUUGUUGCAUCAACAGAAGGUGAAUCUGCUGAAUUCAGUAGUUUUGUGUCGCGGCUGGCAUUAACGGCUUCCUCCCUGUAUGGACGAUCGAUGUAUUCGGACAUAAAUAUAAAAACCAAUGCAAACGGAACACUUAUGCCUGCACAUAAAUUUGUUUUGCAUGCCCGAUCCGAAAAAUGGCAAAAUGAAGUUUUGGCCAGCACCAAUUUAAUGGAUUGGAGUGACUUAGAAGAAGAUAUUGCAACGGCCCUUUUGCGUUGGAUUUAUACAGAUGUUGUAGACUUACAACACGAUCGUUUAACACUUGGACUCCUAAAGGUGGCUCAUCAGUUUUCAUUGCCUGCCCUACUCGGAUUGUGUGAAAGAGCAUUAGUUGCGUCCGUCGGUGUUCGGUCAUGUGUCCGCUUUUAUUGUGUGGCAGAAGAAGUUGGCGCUACGGCGCUAUUGGAAUACUGUUCGGGAAUUAUAUCAACCCAUUGGGACGAUUUAACACCGCAGGACUUUGAGUAUAUGUCAGGACCUCUUCUUUUUAAGAUGCUUAAAAGUAAAACGAAGCAUCCCCUACAUGCGGCAAUUCGUCUUUUGAGAGAAGAUGUUGUUUUCCUCUGCCUUGUUGAAAAUGAUACUGCGCUACCGAAACUGGUCAAUAGCUUAUCAGAAAAUGGCCAGUUGCCAUUGCAAAUGGCGUUAUCUUUAAAAAAUAUUCAAAUAGCUCAGACACUUGUGAAGAACGGAUGUGCUAACGUAAACGCUUACGAUGCUAAUGGAUCAACACUUCUAAUAGAUGCCGUUAAGAAAAGCGAUAAUUUUGCUGCUGAUUUUCUUUUAAGCCAAAAUUGCAUUGUUGAUAAUUUAUCCAGAUCUUCGUCUGAUACUGCACUUCAUAUUAUAUGUAGUUACGGGCGAAGCAAUUGCGAUCAGAAUGACUUUUCUCAAAUGUUAGAUAUUGGACGUAAAAUUUUACAAUGCAACCCCAACGUUAACAUUCAAAAUAUUCAAGGUCAAACCCCUUUGCACAUUGCGAUCAUUUCUCAAAAUUUGGAUAUGGUGAAUUUAUUGUUGGAUGUGCCUGGUAUUGACGUUAACCUACGCACUACGGAGGAAAAGUGUCCUCUUGAAUUAAGCUUGAACUUAUUUGAAAAAGAAGGCUCUGGCAUAGCUUCAAAGCUUUUACAGAUGGGUGCUCAACCAAAUCCAUUAAAAGCCGAAACAAAUGACAGUCUUUUGCAAACGCUUAUCUUUCAAGGAAGUACAUUUGAAAAUGCUGCUGUAUUUUUAGCAGACUUUGCUACCGUAGACCAUAUAAAUAAUAACGGGAUGACUGCUCUGCAUCUAGCUGCUAAACAUAACAUGCCAAUUCUAGUAACAAAAUUGUUGCAUAUGGGCGCAUCGGCAAACAUUCAAUCCAGCAAAGCGGAUAUGAAAUCUCCACUGCAUGUAGCUGUAGAGGCGAGCGCUCUAGAAGUUAUUAAAGUAUUUUCAAAUUUUCGAAAAGAUGGAGCAUCACCUUUAGAUUACAACUGCAAGGACUCUAAUGGCGAUUCGCCUCUUAGUCUAUGCUUGGCAUUAAAUCAAAUGGAACUAGCAUCACUUCUUAUCGCCGGGGGUGCUGAUGUCAACGCAAGGAACGACUGUGAAUUAACUUUGUUUCAUCAAUGUAUACUAAAUGGUAACGACGAGAAAGCAAUUUUCUUGCUUGAACAAGGAGCUGAUAUAAAUGCACUCACAGGUGAACAGAAGUCAGGUUUGCAAUUAUCUAUUGACAAUCAUUUACCUAAAGUGGUAGACAUGCUUUGUACAAAAGGAGUUGAUCUUGGUGUAUUUGAUAAAAAUGGCGAUUCUCCAUUGUGGACAUCCUUGGAAUUAGGCUUUGAAGAUGUGGCACAGAUUCUGAUACGUCAUGGAAUUGACACAGAUUGCUGGAGUCAAGGUCCUGAAGGCUGUCAGCAAACACUUCUUCACCGUGCAAUUGAUGAAAAUAAGGAAAGCAUUGCAAUGUUCUUGGUUCAAAAUCAAUGCGAUUUAGACUCACCCCGACAACUUGGGCCCAACGGAGUGGGCAGUGACGAGGCUCGGGACAAAGCUUCGCCAUUGCAUCUCUGUUGUCAAUGGGGCUUAUCAAAGGUGGUUCAAGCAUUAAUUGAUCAUGGCGCUAAUGUGAAUUCCUUGGAUAUCGAUAACAAAUCACCAGUCCACAUAGCUAUUGAAAAUCAACACGAGGAAAUUAUAAAUAUUCUUCUUUGCCACCCUGGAAUUGACUUAAAGGUACGCGAUAAGCUCGGACUUACACCUUUUGCGACCUCUUUAGCUAUUCGGAACCAUAAAGCUGCACAGCGAAUACUGGAACGUCUUCCAAAUGCAGCAGAAAUAAUGGAUCAGCGAGGACGAAAUUUUUUACAUGUUGCCAUACUAAAAGAUGAUCUGGAAAGCGUUUUGUUCUUAUUAGCCAUAAUGGUUGAUGUCAACUCUCGUGUACAUGAUGCAUACCAAUCGACUCCAUUACAUCUGGCAGCUGCAUCUAAAAAUGAAAUGAUUAUUAGAAACUUAAUAUUAGCUGGAGCACGAAUCAACGAACGUGAUGCUGUCCAAAAAAUGCCUCUUCAUAUUGCAAUUGAGAGAGGCAACAUUUCAGCAGUGUCGGCGAUGAUACAAAAUAAUGCUGACUUUGAUGCAACUGAUGCUGAUGGUAAUAACGCUCUACAUCUUGCAGUGCACGGAGGUCAAUUAGCGAUAGUUCGUGAACUUUUAACGGAAUCCCGUGUAAACGCUGAAGCAAUUAAUGCUAAGGGCCGUAAUCCUCUGCACGAAUUAUGUAGGCUGGGAGAAGAUAACACCGGAGCUGCAAUUUGUGAACUAUUUCUGGAAUGUAUGCCCAAAUUUCCAAUUAAUGUUCCUGAUAUGGAUGGAAACACUCCCCUACUACUUGCUUACAUGAGAGGUCAGUCACCGCUCUGCAAGGUGCUGGUAAAAGUUGGUGCCUGUCUUGGUGCUCAAAAUCGCGAAGGAAUCAGUAUUUUCAAUUUUAAACUUGCCACGGAUCAAUUGCUAAGCAAAUUGCUAGAUCAAUUGCCAAAGGAGUCACCAUGGUCAGAAUCUGAGUUGUGCCAAGAGUGUGGUUCGAAAUUUUCACUUACCAUGAGGAAACACCAUUGUCGACAUUGUGGGCGAGUUCUCUGUUCCAAAUGUUCAAAUAAUGAUGUACCUAUUCUUAAAUUUGGCAUAAAUAAACCGGUACGAGUAUGCCACAUUUGCUUUGAUGUUAUUCAAGGGGGGAGUUGAAUCGAUUGGCAAUUCUUUUGUUAACUUUUUUUGAUGUCUUUUUUUUGUAGAAAUCAAUACUGGACUCUAUGCAAUGAAAUAUAGAUACAUAUGUACGUAAGUAGGUAUGUGUGUUAUGCAUUCAACAAUCCUGAUGAACAAAAUAUAUACAAAUACAUACGAUGAAAUGUUAGUGUACUUUUACAUAUAUUUUUUAACUAUGAUACUAGUGUAAAAUGAAUUAAAUAAAAUAAUAAAACCAUAAGCAUAUAUUAA